AUGAUAUUUACUAUAGAGAUAAAAUGCAAUUUACAAAAAUUAAAUUUUUAAAAAUGUCUUAAAAAGUCUAAAACCAAAUCUUAACAGGAAUCUAAACAGUGAUCGAUUUUCUUCUAUAAAUAUAGAUAUGGUUUUUGAUUUCUUCCAUCAAAACAUUGUCCAUUUAUUUAUUUUGUUAAAAACCUCUCAUAAUAUCUAUAUCAUCAGCAUUCCUUACUUAAAAACAACAACGAUGUCUGUUGCAGAGGUCUUUGAGAGUGUUGACAAGAACAAAGAUGGGAAAAUCUCAUGGGACGAAUUUGCCGAAGCAAUGCGCACCUUUACUCCUUCACUAACAUCUGAAGAACUUGAUUAUAUGUUUAGAGUGCUUGACGUGGAUGGUGAUGGUCAAAUUGACGCUGAGGAAUUUGCUUCGGGUUUGGGGUUAGAAAAGGAUAUUAAUGAAGAAACUCUUCUGAAACAAGCCUUUGAUGUGUAUGAUAUGGAUGGUGACGGGAAGAUAUCAGCGAGUGAGAUUCAUUCUGUGUUGAAACGUCUAGGAGUAAAUCAUACAAUGGAAGAAUGUGUUAUGAUGGUUCAUGCUGUUGAUGCAGACGGCGAUGGUUUUGUGGACUUUGAAGAGUUUAAAACAUUGAUAAUUUCCAACUAACUAUAUAUAAGAAGUCACUAUGAUCAUAUUUAAUUAUUUAUGAAGUUGGUUUGGAUUUGUUUUGAUCUCUUUCUAACAAUG